UUUGAGAAAUGUCUGGCAUAGUGUCAAGUCAUCUGUAUGUGAAUGUCUGAUUCCAGAAUAUAUGUGCCUUCUCAUCACAGCAGGUACCGUCGGGGGUUGGAUCCUGAGGCUCCUCUGGCCUUCACGCUGAUCCACUGAAAGAGUCUCUGAACUGUGCUUUGGCUCUGACUGAAAGAAGGAGGUUUUGUUUUACUGGCAGAGGAAGAGCAGAAGGGAGAGGUUCAAAGGACUGGCAGCUCCCAGAGCACACUCCGAACAGUUCUAGAUGUGAAUCAAUCCCAUGAUGCAACAUGUCUCCCCAGCACCAGCUCUGACAAUGAUGGCCACACAGAGUGUGCCCCCUCCCCCUUACCAAGACAGCCAGCAGAUGACUGCCACCGCGCAACAGCCGGCUAAGGCACAGCCAGGGCACAUCACAACACCCUCGGGAGCAGCCAAUACCCCAGUCCCCAGCACUCCUAUUGACCCUCAGGCACAGCUGGAGGCUGACAAGCGAGCUGUCUACAGGCAUCCUCUUUUCCCGCUCCUGACGCUGCUGUUUGAGAAGUGUGAGCAGGCCACACAGGGCUCCGAGUGCAUCACCUCUGCCAGCUUUGACGUGGACAUUGAGAACUUUGUACACCAGCAGGAGCAGGAACACAAACCAUUCUUCAGUGAUGACCCCGAACUGGACAACCUGAUGGUGAAAGCAAUUCAGGUCCUGAGAAUUCAUCUGCUGGAGUUGGAGAAGGUGAAUGAAUUGUGCAAGGACUUUUGUAACCGUUAUAUCACCUGCCUCAAAACAAAGAUGCACAGCGAUAACCUACUCAGGAAUGAUCUUGGGGGGCCCUACUCCCCAAACCAGCCCUCCAUAAACCUACACCCACAGGAUUUGCUGCAGAAUUCUCCGAACUCAAUGACUGCAGUGGCCAACAACCCCCAGGGAAUUGUGGUCCCAGCAUCAGCGCUGCAGCCGGGGAACAUCUCCAUGGCAACGGUCAAUUCACAAGUUGUGUCAGGUGGAGCCCUUUACCAGCCUGUAACUAUGGUAACAUCUCAGGGCCAAGUGGUAACCCAAGCAAUCCCACAAGGAGCCAUACAGAUCCAGAACACACAGGUUAACCUGGAUCUGACCUCCCUCCUUGACAGUGAAGAUAAAAAGUCAAAGAACAAACGGGGAGUCCUACCGAAGCACGCUACCAAUAUAAUGCGAUCCUGGCUCUUCCAGCAUCUUAUGCACCCUUACCCAACAGAGGAUGAGAAAAGGCAGAUAGCAGCACAGACAAACCUGACACUUUUGCAAGUCAAUAACUGGUUUAUCAAUGCCCGACGGCGCAUUCUGCAGCCCAUGCUUGAUGCGAGCAAUCCAGAUCCAGCCCCCAAAGCCAAGAAGAUCAAAUCUCAGCACCGUCCUACUCAGAGAUUCUGGCCCAACUCUAUUGCAGCUGGAGUGCUGCAGCAACAAGGAGUCAAUCCUAGUACCAAUCCUGACGGCUCCUUAAUUAUGGACAACCUGCAGUCCCUGUCUUCCGAUAAUGCUACCAUUGCUAUGCAGCAGGCCAUGAUGGCAGCUCAUGACGACUCACUUGAUGGAACAGAAGAUGAGGAGGAGGAUGAAAUGGAGGAAGAAGAAGAAGAAGAACUGGAGGAAGACAAUGAUGAGCUCCAGACAACGAAUGUCAGUGACCUUGGCUUGGAGCAGAGUGACUCAUUGGAGUAGUAAAGAAUUGAAGGUUCCCUGAUUUACGGUAGAGCAGAUGCCUCCUGGGAAGAUGUUUGCCUACCUAAAUCAGCAGCCUGAGGAAUUUUAGAGGAACCCUGAUCUUUGACAUACAAGCCCCCCACAUCGCUUUAAAAAUUAUGUAUGACAAAAUCAAGUAAUGAUACCCUUACAAAGUGUCCUGCUUGCCUGCAACACACUGCAGCUAUGGACAAGAGUGCACAUUUAAGAGACCAGUAGAAUGUGCAGGGUUAUUAUUUAAGUGAAGGACACAUGUUUACAAGGCACAUAUUGUGGCCAGUUUUUUGUUGUUGUUGUUGUUGUUGUUUUUGAUAAGAACAAAAGUGUUUUUAGGGCAAGCUGUUUUCUGUAUGACUGAGUCUUUGAUGGAUGUUAUCAUGCAAUGCCUUUUUUGACAUGCAGGUGAGAGGCAGGUCUGUUUUCAUUUUCAUUGCUUUUAUGAAAGAUUUAUAGAUGCAAAAGGAUUGAUGCUUUUUUUAAGUAAAAGAUUGUAAUGAUUAUAAAUAUCUAACUGUAGGGAAAUCAGAGUUUGCAAAUUGUCAGAAUUUAAAACUGAACCUUGAAAGACUUUAGUCUUGGAUCCACUUAGAUUCCUGAUUAGUGCUGAUUAAAUGAAUGUCAACUCUUCAGACUUUCAUCUCUUCCUAUACCAGAGUGACAAACCCCAGGAAGUACAGACGGGGGACACACAUGCUGGUGUAAAUCGGUCUGAUGAUUGGGCACCAGACUCUGAGCUGAGCAGCCUUUGUAAGAGAACCGAAAACUUAGAAACUUUUAAUUUAAUGUUCUGCUUGUGAUACAGUCAGUGAAAUUUCGAGGCUAUAGGUGCAAUGUCAAAUGACCAAGAAUGCCCUCAAGUGAUGCCAUCUAGGUGCCAUUAAAUGUUUAGAAGAUCACAAAUACUCAAGAAAUAAUUGGGUGUUCUUAUGUUUUAAUGAAAUAUUGACAAAAAUGCUAAAUUUGCCUUGUUCACCUGAAACAUAGUCAGAUUUCAGAAUGCUGAAAGCAAUCUCAUAUUCUGCUAUGCUACAGUGCAAGCCAUCUCUCUUUGAUCUCCUGGUUUUGAGAAUUCAUGGAUUUCUGAACUAGGAAAAGGUUUUUUGAGCUAGCUGAAGUUGCUCUCCAGAUGGUGAAAUAUAAAAAUGCCCCUUGCAUUACUUCAGCCUCUUCUGUGGAAUCCCCACCAGCUAUCCCUCUCAGGUAAAGCAUUCUGCCGAGAGAUUGACGAAAAGCCGUCUUGAAAUAAGAUGCUCAUUGAGGCGAUGUCUACACUGCGGCAGGGAGCACGCUUCCCAGUGUGGCUAGACAGACACUUGUUAGCUCUGCUCAAAUUAGUGUGCUAAAAAUAGCAGAGCUAACAAGUGUCUGUCUAGCCACCCUGGGAAGCACUCUCCCUGCCGCAGUGUGGACAUAGCCUUAGCCAUGUUUAAUAGCAGGAAGGUGGGAUCAGAGCCAUAAAAGUUUUCUUCACUGAAUGUGGAAGACAUUUCAUGAAGCACUGGCAAAACUAAUCACAGACAAGACUUUCCUGAGAUCAGAAACAUUUGCUGACCUGACUAACAUAUAUACAAAUAUAGUAAACAAAUAAGAAUCUGAUUAUGGAUAUAAGCACAGAAAUGGCAACAAAGGCCCUCUUGUAUUCACACAGUAGGAAGGAAAUAAACUCCCCUUGAUAGAAAGAGACUUCACCCCCAAAACAUCACUUGCACUCAAUCUCCUCCUCUCUCCACACACCAUGGUAGUGAAUGGUAGAACUGAAUAUGGUUGUGUUGUCCAUAAAAUUUCAUUGAAUGAACUUUCAGUUCAUUUGUAGGAGAACAAUUUCAGUGACAAGCCUUGGAUGGCAACAGGCUGAGAAUGACAGUUAGCAAAACAGCUGGGAACCUCCAAAUUCCAUCUUUGAGGAGCAGCCAGUAACUGAGACUGAGGAAGGGCUUUCUGAAAUGAAUGUAUUCUUCCCUACCAUGAGCUGAUAGUGGAAGCUUUAAUAGAAAUUUGAGAAAGAAACAAUCUUAUUUAUAAUCAGUGUUAUAGAGCAAUAUGUUUUGCUUCCUUUCCAUGCCAUAAUUAGAUCACAUUUCCCCUUUGAAAAUGCAGCGGCAUUAGGGCAGCCAGAAAAUAAGAAUUCCAUUCCACAAUCAAUUGACAUAUAAGAACACAAGCAAACUGACAUUUGCACAUCUGAGAGCAACCACUCAAGGGCCAGUAGCCUGAGGGUUAGGAUACUCAGCUGUGGGGUAGAAGAUGCAGAUUCCAGGCCCUGCUCUAAUUCAAAGCAGAGAUUGGACCUGUGUCUCCACAUCCUAGGGAAAUGUCGUCACCAACAGGCAAAAGAGCUGGGUCUUAUCUUCACUUCAAAGUUAGGACAACAUAGCUACGGUGUUCAUGGGUUUGAAAAAUUCACACCCCCAGAGUGAUGUAGGUAUGCUGAUCUAAGCCCUGGGAUAGAUGCGGCCAGGUCGACGAAAGAUUUCUUUCAUUGUCCUAGCUACUGCCACCCAGAGAGGUGGAUUGCUUACAGCAAUGGAAGAACCCCUUCCAUCAGUGCAGGAAGUGUCACUGUCAGUGUUAUAGCCGUACUACUGUAGCACCCGUCGUGUAGACAUGGCUGCAGUCUCUCUCACCUGUUGGAGCUGUGCCACUUUGUAUAAACAAUUAAAUGUUAAUUGGACCAGAGAGAGAUGGUCUCUGUUGCCUGGCUUUCUCUCUCUCUCUCUCUUCCCAGAAAUUCCAUACUGGACCUGAGAAAUCAUCCCGUUGAGAAUGAUGCAUUUCAGUGAAAAUUUUUGGUUUUGAAAAUUCUGCCUUUUCGAAUGAAAAAAAUGGUUUGGCAGAAAAUUUCCAGCCAGCUGACAGCUAGGAUGGAAGCUUUAUUUUUCUGGUUCAUAUUCUUACUUAAAUAUGCACACACGCCAACACCAGCCCAGCACUAAGGACUGUGUACACAACUUAUUCUUGAUGGAGCUAAUUAACACACACUGAGUUUUGAGACAGUUUCAGUGACUUGAAUGUUUUAUGACAGAGUUUGAUUCCAUUUUUAAGUAUUAUUUUUCUGUAACAAUGAUUUUUCCUGGCCCCUGAACAAUAGUUUCCAGUUUGCUCCUUCUUUUGCCUCUUGAGAGUUGAGAGGUUUGAUUAUCUACAAUAAGGGUUGAAUCCAUGAUAAUUCCUUGGGAAUUUAUUGGACUGGCAAUGGGCAUAAGGGCCUGUUUUCAGUACUGAUAUGGCGUGAAUGUAAUAUGUAAUUUCAUAGAAAUUUCAUUGUAAUCUAGUAUUAAUUCAUGUCCAUUUAUUAUAAAGUGCUAUCAGAUGAGAUUUUGCAGCUGUAUCUUAUUGUGAGUUUAUUUAUAUGUUCUUGAUUAAGGAUUAGGAAUAAAGGAUAAGAGAAAUCUAGGUCAAUGAAAGGGACCCAGUGUUACCCAAGACAUGAGUUCUCUGAAUGUGAUUCCCCUUGGCAGGCUUCAAAAUUGAAAAUUGCUGUAAUUCUCAAAGGUUAUGUAUGAAAUUUUAGCCAUUCAUCAUAGCUACCACCUUAACUACCUGGUAAGAAUGACUGGAAGACAAGAGCUCUCUGCCUCAGAGAAGGCACCAAUAAACUGCUCAAUUAAGCUGAAAAUAUUCUCAAAAUCCAGAAGUGCGGUAUGUGUCUGGACAACAGGAACAGAUAUGCAGGUCUGAAGAGUCAUUUCAGUCUAUCCAAGAGAGAGUUACAGAUCGCAUUGCGCCUUCUGGGCAUUCCAUACCUUGGAUUGUGAGUCCAAUAUGCUCACAGCUGGUUAACAAAAUUAAUGGAUUUUUAAAUAAAGUAAAGUAAAAUAAAAUAAAAUAAAAAAUUCUGAGAUUGCUUAGUA